AUGCGCCCGCGAACGGAACUUCGUCUGCAACAGAGCUCCCUCAAUUCAUCGAUACGGCAUAGUAGACGAGAAUCGACUUGGCCUGAGUUGUCGAAGAAACCAGAUUGUCCGAUUACCAGCUCGCAGACAUCGGCACGGCUUCACACAUCAAUAAGACACAUGCAGGCUGCAUAUUGCUACAGGACGUGGCUCAAGGCAAGGUCCAGAGCCUCGCCUUUCAUUUUGUCAAAACGCAAAGGACAAGCAUCGAUCGUUGCUCCUACCUCAUUUCUGAAUGUCUGGACCCAAGAGAUCAAGAAGGCUUUCCAUGCAGCAACUCUCUGCGAGUACAAGAGCUUGAGCAUCACGGCCAAAGACAAGGCAGCUGCCAAAUUCGAGAGACGUGAAGCCCGAGCACCACCAAGAAAGCUUAAAACAAUCAUGACCCAUGGUUUGCUUAUGUGCUUCACUAGAGAACAACUCUAUGAACUGCCUAGGCCUACCAGAACCAGAAAGGCCACUCAGCCUGUCGCCAUGCGCCGUGGCACCCGCAAAUCUCUGAAGGCUAGCAAGCCUGUCAUCAAGGAUGCGUCCGCCGACUCUGAGGAUGAGAUUCCAGCUAAGCGUCCUAUCACCAUGAAGAGAGGCAAGAUCGUCUACCCCACCGAGGAGGAGAUUCGCAACGUCUCCAGCAUCCUCGUUUCCGCUGACGCUGCCGCUGCUGUCCCUGAGAACACUACCGCCAACACCCUGAAGCGCGCUGCCACCGAGCCCGGCAGUGACUUCGACGAGCUCGCCUCCGACCACGAGCGUAUCAAGGUCGACAUUGAGGUCACCCACGCCGUUAAGCCCAGCGUCCCUACCGUCCUCUCCGUCGACCCCGUCGUCAAGACCUACAUCGUCAACGACUCCGACACUGUCGAUGUCUCCACUGACAUCCACAUGGCUGUCGACAAGGCUUCCGACGCUGGUGCCUCUGACGUUCCCUCUAACGUCGCUUCUGCUGCUACUAGCGGUGACCACGAUGAUUUCUAA